CAUGGUUCCACCGAUGCCACCGCCAGGACAGGCCGGUCCUGUUACUAGUAUGCCGCAAGCGGCUGCAGCUGCUGUUGCAGCUGCCCGGGCCGGCUUAGUUGCCAGUUCAUCUGCUGGAGCUACCUCUCUCGCUACUGCCAUCCCGAAUGGUUAUUGGGGAGGAUUAGGAUAUCCCGCCGGGGCUAUUAAAGAUGAAAAAGAAGAAAAUAUUUAUACUAACGACUGCGAACAUGUUGCAGGUGUUAUGGAAGAGAGACACCGAAGUUCAGCAUCACCCAGUUCAUCAGAUAGAGAUAAAUUCGAUAAAUAUAGAAGAAGUCGUUCACCGGAUAUGGCAUCCGAAAUGAAGCGGAAACGUACUGAACCAGAGAAGAUUGAAAGUGAUGGAGAUAAGAGCGAUUGUGAGAAUUUGGUGGUUGACGAUGCUAAUGAAGCCUCAUCUCCUGUCAACGGUGAUCGAUCGCCGAGAGCCCAAGAAAUUAAGAAAGAAUUACCCCCUACUAGUCCCAGAAGCGAUACGAGUUCACACGCCUCCUCUAAAUUGAAGGAAAUUGACAAACCGUCGACUCCCGCUUCUAAACCAGAUACGCCUACAAGUACUCCGGGACCCUCAGGAGCGCUCAAACCCGGAGGAAAACAACCUUUAGAGUCAGAUUUGUUAUUGUUCGGUGGAGAAAAGCCAACCUCCGAACAAAAACAAAUGUUCUUCGUCAUAUUUAUUCAAUGUUGUACUAAAAAUACGGAGAAUGUUGUAAAGCAUCAUGAGACUGGCUCUGCAGGCUACCACGCUGGAUUUGUACACCCUGCAGACUUGAGCCCGAAUAACUCCAUGCUUGCGGCGGCGGCGGCUGCAGGAAACCCAGCCGCAAUGGCAGCAGCAGCUCUGAUGUCUCCUGGAGGAUUGCCUUAUCGAGCCCCAAUGGUGCCCGGAUUCGAACACUUGCAAAUGCGAGGCCACGGUAACGUCUUGUCUUCAAUACCUGGAGGCAAACCCGCUUACUCGUUCCACGUGACAGCCGAUGGACAGAUGCAACCCGUCCCUUUUCCCCCAGAUGCAUUAAUGGGUCAAGGUAUCCCUAGGCACGCAAGGCAGAUGAGCACUUUGAAUCAUGGGGAAGUCGUUUGCGCCGUAACAAUUUCAAAUCCUUGUCGUCACGUUUAUACUGGUGGAAAAGGUUGCGUUAAAGUUUGGGAUAUUCAACAGCCCGCCAGUAAAUCUCCAAUUUCCCAACUGGAUUGCCUGCAACGCGAUAAUUAUAUAAGAAGUAUAAAGCUGUUGCAUGAUGGAAGAACAUUGGUAGUAGGCGGUGAAGCAUCUACUCUGUCCAUGUGGGACCUUGCCUCACCCAGUCCAAGGAUAAAAGCCGAACUCAAUUCAUCGGCUCCUGCCUGCUACGCUCUAGCCAUAUCCCCCGAUUCAAAAGUGUGCUUUUCCUGCUGCUCGGAUGGUAAUAUUGCUGUCUGGGAUCUACACAAUCAGACUUUACUACGCCAAUUCCAAGGUCAUACUGAUGGCGCUAGUUGCAUUGACAUUUCACCUGACGGAACGAAACUAUGGACCGGUGGAUUAGAUAACACAGUACGAAGUUGGGAUUUGCGAGAGGGACGACAGUUGCAGCAGCACGACUUCAGUUCUCAAAUCUUUUCACUGGGCUAUUGUCCAACUGGAGAUUGGCUAGCAGUCGGUAUGGAAUCCAGCAAUGUCGAAGUUCUCCACCAUUCCAAACCUGAUAAAUAUCAGCUUCAUUUGCACGAAAGUUGCGUGUUAUCGCUCAAGUUUGCAUAUUGUGGAAAAUGGUUUAUAUCUACCGGAAAAGAUAACCUGCUAAACGCCUGGAGAACUCCCUACGGAGCCUCGAUAUUCCAGUCGAAAGAAUCAUCAUCAGUAUUAAGCUGCGAUAUAUCAACGGACGAUAAAUUUAUCGUGACGGGUUCAGGCGACAAAAAAGCCACUCUAUACGAAGUCAUCUUCUAG